AUGGCAUCAAUGGCUUCACUAGAUAUUUUCUCAGAAGGGGAGCAGUUCGAUCCCAAAAGGCUGCAAGAGAAAAUGCGGAUAAACAGGCAUGCAUUUUCUGGUGGACAAGAUUCAAUAGAGAAACAUAAAGAAUUUAGAGCAAAUCUCGAGCUUACAGGUGUUGAUAUGUUGAAUACAAUUGGCUACAUAUAUGCCAGAAAGUCAGCAAAAGAGCUACAGUCUUGGAGGCCACUUAGUUUGUGGCAUAUUGAUGAUGAAGAUGUGGAGGCGGCCUCAAAAGACCUCAGUCUACACAAAUAUAGAACAGAAGACUUUGAAUUUGGACAAGAGAUGAAGGAUAGGAGUGAUUCAAACACUGAUAGAGUGACUGCCUCGAUAUCUCUCAACGUGCUAACAACGGCAAUAGUCUCAUUGUUCUUGCUGAGGGAUGAGAAACUGGAUCCCUUGAGAUUUACCAUAGCCUUGUGGAUUGCCUUCUUCACCAUCUUCCUUGAGGUCAAGUAUUUCCUGACCUCAGUUGUGAGUGCUCCAGAUUCACCUCCUUGCGUUCUUCGCAUGAUCGAUUGA